AUGUUUUCGGACUACGCGUCAAUUAAAGACAAGUGCACAAGGAAAAAAGACAUUUCCCAAGUCACUGGCUCUGCUGGCGAUAAAAUCAGCCUCAAGAAACUCCUCACAACCCUGGAUUUGACUUCGCUCGGUGUUGGAAGCUGUAAUGGAACAGGAAUGUACGUGGUUGCCGGGCUGAUCGCCAAAGAACUCGCUGGUCCGGGUGUCGUCUUUUCGUUUCUCAUCGCUGGCUUAGCCUCGCUGCUUUCAGGCAUCUGUUAUGCAGAGUUCGGCGUGCGUGUGCCAAAAACAUCUGGCUCUGCAUAUACUUACAGUUAUGUGACGAUAGGCGAGUGUACUGCAUUUUUCAUCGGUUGGAACUUGAUCCUCGAGUAUCUUAUUGGAACUGCUUCUGGUGCUUCAGCGCUGAGUUCGAUGCUCGACUCGUUGUCUAAUCGAGCUAUUUCUAAGUGGUCUUUGGAGAAUUUGGGAAAACUUCACGGAGUCUGGCAGAGUCCCGACGAGGUCUCGUACCCAGACUUGGUCGCCAUGGGCAUUUGCAUGGUAAUGGUGAUGAUCGUUGGAGCUGGACUGAAGAACUCGAUGCUUUUGAACAACCUUCUCAACGCUGCUAACAUUGUCGUCUGGGCGGUCAUCAUGGUUGGAGGCUUGUUUACUCUCAAUGCAGAAAACUGGAACCUGAGUCCUCCAAAUGGCACGGAUGCUUCCUCAGCUGAGAUCAAAAAGUACGGAGAUGGUGGAUUCUUGCCAUACGGCUGGGAAGGUGUCAUGCGAGGAGCAGCAACAGCUUUUUACGCUUAUAUUGGCUUCGACAUCAUUGCAACUACUGGAGAAGAGUGCAAAAAGCCACAUAAAUCGAUUCCGAAGGCGAUUGUUUCCUCGCUAGUCAUCUGUUUAGUGUGCUACAUCUCCACCGCCAUGAUGCUAACUCUGGUCGACAAAUACUGGGAAAUCGACUCAGAAGCUCCCUUGACCGAAAUGUUUGACCGCUGUGAAGGAGAUACGUGCCACCCAUUUAUGAAAAAGGCUAAAUAUUUGAUCAGUGUGGGUUCAUUUUGUGCCCUAACUGCUUCACUUCUUGGAUCGUUGUUUCCCAUGCCACGAAUUAUUUACGCGAUGGCGUCUGAUGGCUUGCUCUUUCACUUCUUGAGCGUUAUCUUUCCCCCAACUGGAACACCCUUGAUUGCAACUAUCAUCGCCGGAUUGUUCGCAUCAGUUCUGGCGUUGGUCGUGUCUCUUCGAGAUCUGAUAGAAAUGAUGUCCAUCGGAACACUUUUGGCUUAUACACUCGUGGCAGUCUCGGUUCUUGUUCUGAGAUACCAACCAACUAUUACCUUGGACAGAAGUUUGGCCGAUGAAGAUGACGAAGAGUAUCAACAGAGAGAAGCAAACAGAGCAUUUGAUAUGGACGAUCGCUCUGUUCUCGUUGAGGACUCUCGCCCGACACCUGGUUACGGAACUGUAGUUGAAGGAGAAGAGCCACCACCGAGAAAACCAUGCUUCCUCGACCCACUGACAGAUCGCCUUGCUCCAGCUAUUCAUUUCGGAAAAGUAACAUUCGGUCUUCCAGUGGAGACUGACAAGCCCACGGAAGAAACAGGAAAAAUUGCUUACAAGAAAGUCAUUCACUUCGUUAUUUACACUUUUAUUUACAACGUGUUUCAUGUUGUGAAGCUUCCAUUUUGGAUGAAAGCAGUUGGCUUUCUUCCUUCCACUGCGGUGCUGCUUUACUUGAUGCUCAAAAUUGCUCAGCUUCCACCUAACAGGACAAAACUUCCCUUCAUGGUUCCUUUUGUUCCCCUCCUGCCUAUGUCAGCUAUUCUCGCAAACAUCUUUCUGAUGUGCAGACUUUCAACUCUUACGUGGAUACGAUUCACCAUUUGGUGCAUUAUCGGCGCUGUUAUUUAUUUUGGAUACGGAAUGAGGUUUUCUAAUUUGGAGCUGCGAGCUCAUCAGCCCGCCACUUAUAAAGUUGGACUUGACCUGGAUUCUGACUUUGAUCCUAAUUUCCAGACACAGCCAAAGACGAAGAAGGGUGGUUACUCGGAGUUCCACAACGAGGAAUAA